CGGCAGAACUAUCGUUCACCUCUAACAACACCGGCAUUACAGCAGUCUGGUCACAUUUCGCAAUAUUGCAAUCGGAAAACGGAAAAUAAUAAAAAUUCAAUUAUUUUCCGAAUAUUGCAGAGGAUCUACCAAUCUUCGGCACUUAGCCGUAGAGCAAGUGGAUCCCUAUUGACCAACCCACUGGUUGAGGUAGUUUGGUUAAAUUCCGCCAAGAUGUCACAGUCACCGGAUGGCGGGAUUUCCAAAGUGGAAGCGGUGGAGGAACCGAAAAAUCAUGUGGAUUCUUUAGGUGAUUCCUGGCGUGGAGUGCCCAUGGAGGCCAUACAUCGUAAUCUCGAUCCCUACGAAUUGGAUAAUUUGCCAGAUGUCACAGCUGGGAAUAAUCACCGGGUGAUGUAUCAACUGCCUAUCCGUGAUACUCCACCACGCCCACACAAAGCCCCUGGAAAAUGGGAUUCGGAGCAUGUACGUUUGCCUUGUGCGCCGGAGUCGAAAUACCCGAGGGAAAACCCAGAUGGUAGCACCACUAUCGAUUCGCGCUGGGGAAUGAUUGAAAGAGCUCUUCUCCAACCGAUCGAAACGAGUGAGGAACUCCAGGCGGCCAUAUUAUCGUAUAAUAGUACCUAUAGAAAUCAAUGGAACUUUCGUGCCCUUCAUCAACUUCUGGAAGAGGAGCUGGACGAGAGUGAAUCACGGGUAUUCUUUGAAGAUCUAUUGCCGCGCAUAAUACGACUGGCAUUGCGACUACCGGAGUUGAUUCAAGCACCGGUCCCACUUUUAAAGCAGCUAAAGAAUGCCUCCUUGACCCUGAGUCAGCAGCAGAUCUCCUGUCUUUUGGCCAAUGCCUUUCUGUGCACCUUUCCCCGAAGGAACACCCUCAAGAGAAAGUCCGAGUACAGUAGUUUUCCAGAUAUCAACUUUAACAGGCUUUACCAAUCUUCGGGACCAGCAGUCCUGGAGAAGCUCAAAUGCAUCAUGCAUUAUUUCCGUCGCGUUUGUCCCACAGAGCGGGAUGCUAGCAAUGUACCCAAUGGUGUGGUAACCUUUGUCCGUCGUAGCGGUUUGCCAGAACAUCAGGUCGAUUGGAGCCAGAGUGAAGCGUCCCUGGGUGAUGUGCCAUUGCAUGUGGACGCUGAGGGAACAAUCGAGGAUCAUGGGAUUGGGCUGCUUCAGGUAGACUUUGCCAACAAAUAUUUGGGUGGCGGUGUUUUGGGACAUGGCUGUGUACAGGAGGAGAUACGCUUUGUCAUCUGUCCGGAGCUCUUGGCGGGCAAACUCUUUACGGAGAGUCUGCGUCCCUUCGAGGCAUUAGUGAUGUUGGGGGCUGAAAGAUAUAGUAACUACACAGGAUAUGCCGGUAGCUUCGAGUGGUCAGGCAACUGUGAGGAUUCCACGCCCAAAGACAGCUCUCAUCGUCGUCAAACGGCAAUUGUUGCUAUUGAUGCCCUGCAUUUUGUUCAGUCACAUCACCAGUAUCGUGAGGAUCUUAUGGAAAGAGAGCUCAACAAGGCGUAUAUUGGGUUUGCCCACUAUAUGAUUACGCCGCCACCAGGAGUAGCCACUGGCAAUUGGGGGUGUGGUGCAUUCGGCGGAGAUUCCUACCUAAAAGCCUUGCUGCAACUCAUGGUAUGCGCUCAGGUGGGCAGACCUUUGGCCUACUAUACCUUUGGAAAUACUGAGUUUAGAAAUGAUUUCCAUGACAUGUGGCUCCUAUUUCGAAGAGAAGGGACCACAGUGCAGCAGCUUUGGAGUAUUUUAAGGUCCUACAGUAGGCUUAUGAAAGAAAAGAGCUCCGCGGAGCCGCGUGAGGGUAAGGCAACCAAAAAGAAGCUAUAUGAAUUUAUAAAGGAGGAAUUGAAAAAGAUCAGAGCUGAACCUGGAGAAGGAGCAGCAGCAGAAGUUGGAACAUCGAAAGCAGCUGGUUCGGAAGAAGCGAAAUCGGAAUCAAAACCCUCUACAUCAGUGAAAUCUUCGCCAGAACAAAUCAAAAAAGCAGCCGCUUCAAAAUCCAUCUCUCAACAAAGUCCCGACCUUUUUCCCUCGCCUUCAUCGCAAAAUAAUUCGAAUUCUUCGCCGGAGCAGGCCAUUCUUAUGCUGUCCGAUGAUGAGGAAGCUAAUGCCAUGAUGGAGGCGGCCAGUUUGGAUGCAAACAUCGGCGAGGAAGUCAGUAACAACAGCACACCGGCCAAGAGCAGUAGUUCUGGGUCGAAAGUAGCUGGAACAGGUGGCCGUCAGUUAACCCUGCUCGAGAUGUUGGACUCUCAUUACGAAAAGGGAAAUGCAUCGAAGAGACCACGCAAACCGGCCAGUUGCAGCAAAGCUGAGGGUCCAGCUAAGAGUCGGAAGGAGAACGAGGUUGAGGAUAAGGAGGAUCAUGUUGACUAAGUAAUAUAUUUUCGUAGAAGAUUCGUACUGCCCGUAAACAAAUAGAUCUAAAAGGAAUUUAAUCUUUAUGUAAAGCUUAAAACAUAGAAAUUGCUACAUUUUGACUUCUAACGAUUUUUACAAACACUCCAAGAGUUUUCUUAAUGUAUUUAAAGUUAUAAAAUUUAUUCAAGAUUAUUUGUUCUCCUACUUGCUAACAUAAAUACUAAUUUCCAAAUUACCAAAUUUUUUUUGGCAUGGCAGUUUACAAAAAGGAAUUUAAAAAGUUGACUGUUCAUUUUUAAAUAAU